GGUGGCGGUCGUCGUCGAAACAGUUGAACCAAUUUCAACUCUCUGUAGCGUAGUGCGGAGGAGUACUUUGGUAGUUUGGUGAGGGAUCUUUCCCACUACUGCUACUAACUUACAAACAAAACAAACGGAAACUCCACUCAAUCUAUUAUUGCUAUGCUACUCGCAGCUGGAUCUCCUCCUAACUCCUAACUCCUAAGUCCUAAGUCCUAAGUCCUAAGUCCUAUCCUACCUGAGAAUUCCCCAAAAACACCACCACCAAACCGGGUCGUGUCUGUAUUAUCCAUUUCUUUUUAGCUUUCACAUCCGUCUUAAGUAAGUAGCAGUAGUAGUAGUAGUAAUAGUACAAAAUAUCCCAUCCACGUGGUGCUACUACUACAAGGACUAGUAGCAUCAGCAUAAAACAUCAACGAAAAGCAAAACGCCACCCCGCCUUCCUGUCCCUAAGUACGACAUCGUACCAGCCGCCGCAACAGCCGCCGCCUUUAGGCUUUGUCCUCCCCGGGAAGACCAGCUCUGCUACUACUGCAUCUCCUCAAUUUUCCAUCAAUCCAAAUGCAGUAGACCCUCCCCCCCGAUUUUACUUCUGUGCUUUUUGUCAAAUUCUUUAGGGUUUUUGGAUUGUUUUUCACCCUCCAUGGCCUCUGAAGAUAUGGGCCUAGUCCAAGCCCAACAACGCCUUGAUAAUGGGCUUAGCCACCCCCACCCCCACCUCGUCUUCCCGGACAACUCCUUCUCCUGCGGCCCCCCGCCGCCUCAACCUCCACGCCGUGUCUCCGCCGCCGACCACAGCUCCAAAGCUACUGCCACUCGGGAGCUCACUGCGGCCUUCAUUGACCACCACCACUACUUCCACCAGCCUCCGUCCGCUGACUUCCGCCGAGCCACCUUCUCCUCCCCCUCCCCCGCCGCCUCCGCCGCAUCCCACCCGGACAAUAGCCACAAUUGGAACCUCGGCAUCCGUGCCUCCGCCACCACCAGCGGCGGCGACGGAUCCGAAGACGAUGACGACGACGACGGCGACGACGAAGAAGAAGAUGACGACGACGACCAUAAUAAUAAUGAUGACGAUGACGAAAACGAAGUUGAAGGGAUUGCUGCCAGUAAUGACAAGAUCAACAAAAAUAGCAGAGGCAAAAUGGCAAGUCAGAAAUUGAAGCAGCUGUCCUCAUUUGGCUUGAAGGAGGGAAAUGUUGUGGGGGUUGCGGGGCGGAGUGGAAAUGAGAUCAAUAAUAACUGCGAAAUGAGGAAUGCUGUGACAAUAGCUGAUGCUGAUGGGGAGAUGUACUACUCACAGUAUCUGCAGGGGACGGCGGAGGUGGGACCACACGCCCGGCAGAAGGAUGUUUUGGUGGUUGAGAAUGGUUGUGGGUUUAGUGGAAGAAAGGAGGGUUCGUACUUGACUGAAUCCGGGGACUCGUUGAGGGAAAUUCUUUCGGAUCCUUUGACUGGAGCACUCAUGGAUGAUGCAAUGAUACUGCCUUGUGGGCAUUCAUUUGGCAGUGGUGGGAUACAGCACGUACUUAGAAUGAAAUCUUGCUACACUUGUUCACAAGCAGUGUCAGAAGAUUCUGUCUCCCCUAAUCUAUCUCUUCGCUUGGCUGUCCAGGCAUUCCGUCGAGAAGAGGAGUUGCAGGUUCACCGUGCAUCAAAAAGGAGGAGGGAACGGCAUGAGCAGGAUAAGGGGACUUAUGGUGAUUCAGUUCAGACAGAUCAUCCAAGGGGUAGAGGAGUUCAAUUUCCUUUUGCUGUGACUGACAGGGUUAUUAUAAAGGGUAACAAGAGGACGCCCCCACGUUUUGUUGGACGCGAGGCUAUUGUUACCACACAAUGUCUGAAUGGAUGGUACGUAGUAAAGACGUUGGACAAUGCUGAAAGUGUAAAAUUGCAGUAUCGCUCCCUUGCCAGAGUUCCAGAUAAUCCAUCGCCAAAGCCUAUAGCAACAAGUAAAAUGACACCCAACUGGUUGUAACCAGAUUGCCGCAUGUAGGUUGUUCCAUACAUACCAAGUUUCGUAUCUUCUAACGACAGUACUGGUUGAACUUUCUUAGCUGUAGUCUCACUGUUGUACUCAUCACACGCCAUUUUCUUAUAGUAGGUGUACAGUAUAGGAGGGACGUAGUGAGCAAACACGUUAGAGAUUUGAACAACGCCAUAAUUCUUUGGCUGAAAUACAUCUUAGCAUCAUAAGUUGUACUUGAUUGAUGCUUGUAUAGGAAAAGGAUAGGUUAACAUUAUUGAUCAUGGAAUACCGAAGAGCCCUCGAGUUGUUGGUGUAUUCACAAGUUCACUAAA